UCACCUGCACUCGGUGGGGAGCACAUCAACUAACAGACACACAUAUCUGUGUGUUCAUCCUCUCUUUCUCCCUUCCUGUUGCGUGUGCGGUGAAAAAUGCCCACCAACUGAAAGCAGCCGCAGCUUAUCGUCCUCCUCACGGCUGGCGUCCGUCAGGUCUGAUGUCAAGUCAAAGCAGCACUUCUACCAUCAUCAUUGUGUGUGCCAAACACGUACCUGAAAGAUAGUCCUCGUGGCGAGCAGCUCCGUUGGCGCCAUCGUAACGCGGGUCCCUAUAUAGCGGCCUGCCUGCAUCUGAAGGAGCGUUACGAGCAAACAGGCCAGACAAGCAGAGACAGGCACACACAGAGUGGAAGAGAUGUGAAGGACAGAAUUGAACAUGUGUGUGAUCCUCUUUCUUGUGUCUGUCUUCACGACGUCGUGCAUACCUGCGCGGGAGGUAAUAUCGCCGUCACAAAUGCAACCGUACAAAGCCUCUACGCCAACAAACGACAAAAGCCCACAAGCAACAAGAGCUAGCGUGCUACACAAACAUACAUACACAUGCAUGCAUGCACGGUUGGCGGUCUCCAUUCAGUAUAUUCUUCAUUCAUUUUGUGUGCGAGCGUGUGUCUGUGGGGGAGCGAGGAAUUAGUCGGAUUGAUUUUGAUUGAGGAGAGAAGGGGGAAGGCUGGAAGUGCUUGUUGCCGUGGCGUUGAAUCCGUUUCCGCAAGUCGGGGCUGGGUUUCGUUACCAUUUGAUUGAGUGUUGCGUAGAAGGCCACGGGGCGAUGAGGCGAUGGGCUUCGGUCGGGAGGUGAGGAGAAGAGUUUUGGCGCUCUUUUUUGAUUCUUUUCUCUCUCUCCCUCUCUGUUUCACAGAGACAGACGAUGGCGACUUGCGCGGACUCGCCUUGUCGACGGCGGCGCUACACACAUAAUGUGCCCAACUUCGCAAAUUUAUUCCCGCUCACCAGCUGUUUUUUCUUCCUCCUGGAAUGGAAAGAAAUGUCUGUGCAGCAGCAAAGGCAAAAUUAGCGUCAGUACUGACUCAGUGAGUGUACACAGAACACCUGAUCCACUGAAUGCUUCAUUCACCUGUUGAGGACUCCGUUGAGAAAAGGAGACGGCCAUCAAAACAAAACCCCAAAAUCUCAUCUGCACACAAACACGCCAGCACGGCACAUGAGAUGGCCACAGCAAUGAAACGGGCCACGCAGUCAUCCUCGGACAUCAUCCACACACCACACCAGCACCGCAGCCAACCCAAAGAUAUGACACGUGUGCUCACCUGAGAGAAUGUUCAAAGUUUGAAGACAAAAGAAGGCGUCCGCGCUCUCAGCUGACGCCAGACAGGUGUCAGGCAGUCACCACCCAUUCAGCAGAAGCCAGGGCGCCACCGGCCAAGGCCUCCCUCGCGGCACGGCGGUAUAGAGAGGGAGCGGCAGACGACAUUCGGACCAGUUGAGGGGCGACCACAUAAGCCAACGAUCACUCACCAAGGGAGGAGAGAGCCUCAGGCUGAAGCCACAU